AAAGUUUACACCAAAAAUAUGGAACUGAAAAACCAAACAGCAGUUUCAGAAUUCCAUUUACUUGGACUGACAGAAAAUCACAAACUGCUGCCCCUCAUCUUCAUCAUGUUUCUCUCCAUGUAUCUGAUUACAGUUCUGGGAAAUCUGAUUAUCAUCUUGGCUAUCAGCUCUGGGUCACAACUGCACACUCCCAUGUACCUCUUCCUCUCUAUUCUUUCCAUUAAUGACAUCUGCUACAGUACAGUCACAAUUCCAAAAAUGCUGGUGAAUAUCCAAGCCCAUGACGACAGCAUAAGUUACAUAGAAUGUCUAUCGCAAAUCUGCUUUGUUUCAAUUUUUGGUGGAAUGGAAAAUUUUCUCCUGGCAGUGAUGGCCUAUGAUCGCUAUGUAGCCAUUUGCAAACCCCUGAGGUAUACAGUCAUCAUGAACCCUAUUUUCUGUGUCCUCAUGAUUCUAUUCUCCCUCUUCUUUAGCAUUAUGGAUGCCCUACUUCACAGUCUAAUGGUUUUAAGACUUUCCUUCUGCACAGAACUAGAAAUUCCACACUUUUUCUGUGAGCUGGCUCAGAUUAUCAAACUUGCCUGUUCUGAUACAUUUCUCAAUAAUUUUUUAAUAUUUGUUGCAGCUUUUGUCUUUGGGGGUGGUCCUGUCUGUGGAAUUGUUUUUUCAUAUAUUUACAUUGUGUCAUCAGUCUUGAGAAUGCCAUCUUCUGGAGGGAAGCAUAGAGCUUUCUCUACUUGUGCAUCACAUCUAUCUGUUGUUUCCCUGUUCUAUGGGACAGGUUUUGGUGUUUACAUCAGUUCAGCCGUGACAGAUUCUCUUAGAAACACAGCAAUGGCUUCCAUGAUGUACAGUGUAGUUCCUCCAUUGCUCAACCCAUUUAUCUACAGUCUAAGAAAUAGAGAUAUGAAGAAAGCCUUGAGGACACUUGUUGGUAGACUCUAUCUUGUGUGA